GAUCUUGGUACCUUCUUACGAAAUGAGCCGGACGUCGCGCGGAUCACAAGGUUGGUUGAAUUGCUCGACGUCCCCAAGUUGGCGCGUCCAUUCAUCGUCUUGCCAAGUUCGGCCGCGGGGUGUUUGAGCGUGGCAGCGGGGUUCCGGGCGGCAUAGGAGACCGCUGCGACGCCUUGAAGAGCCUCCUGACCACUGCUCUGGACGUCGAGUGCGCUCGCGAGCGGGUGGCGAAUAUGAAAUGCGAUGCGACGCGUACGGACGGAGUUAGCUUGGCUCGCUGGGGCCGGCUGGGAUGGAGGACUCAUGCGGGGAAACCCCUCUUGCACAGAUGAUCGCGCCGGCGUCGUGGGGAUCACCGCCCGGUCAGGUGGGCGAGCUACUCCUGAAUAGGCUACGGGGCCCUGGCAGGCGCCCACGAACGGCUUAGGUAAGCAGGCUCUAAAAAGAGACCACCAAUUCGCUCGGCCCACUUUGUGGUCGACCCGUACCUCUCUCUCCCCCACCCUCGCGCUCUCUACAUUCUCCACGUCGCCAGCAACGAUGUCCGCCCACUCACACAUUGAGAAGAUCGACAAGGAGCGCGAGUACGUGAGCGCGAACAGCCCGCCCCAGCACGUCUAUCCUGCGGGCCAAUCCCCGUACUACCGCAAGCUGGGGGACCCGGGUCCUCUUGGCCUCUAUGCCUUCGCUUCGACCACUUUCAUCCUGUCGAUGUACAACGUCCAGGCGCGUGGUGUCGUCACGCCCAACGUCGUCGUCGGCAUGGCUCUCUUCGUCGGAGGCCUCGCGCAGUUCGUGGCGGGCAUGUGGGAAUUUGCGUGCGCAAACACGUUCGGCGCCACCGCGUUUACAAUGUACGGCGGUUUCUGGAUGUCGUUUGCCACCGUCUUCCUCCCCGGCUCUGGCAUCACUGCGGCCUACACUAGCGCGGAAGAGCUCGACUCGGCGCUCGGGAUCUAUCUCUUCACAUGGAUGAUCAUCACCUUCCUUCUUUUCAUCGGAUCUCUGCGCAGGAACAUGGGCCUCGUUGUUCUGUUCUUCUUCCUGACGAUCACGUUCGCGCUGCUCGGUGCAGGCAAAUUUUCCACCGCGCACGCAAUCACGCUCGACAAGGCGGGCGGCGCGUUCGGCAUCAUCACCGCCCUCGUCGCGUUCUACGUCGGCACGGCGCAGAUGCUCUCGGACACCCGCACGAGCUACUUUGUGCUCCCGCUCGGCCAGAUCCCUCCGCGCGAAGUCGUCUGAGGUCUCUCGCCUCGCGGGUUCACGCGCCCUCGUGCGCCGUGAUUGCUCCGUGUGCCCCCCUCCCCUCAUCCAUGUGGAGGGCGCGCCGUUAUCGUUUCUUGUAACCCCCCUCGUCCUGCCAUCCCGCGGGGGCCACAUACUCUAUCCGGCGCUCCCUUAUUCGAAGUCUACUCGACCUUGUGAUGUGUAUUUGUAGUAUAUCCUGCUGUUGGUCCGCCUGUGCAUACUAUGUCUGAACGCUUUCAAUAGUUCGCCGCAUGGCACCCUCUGAAUCCCAUCAACGCGCUUUGUUCCAGCUGCUCUUCUUGCGACG